GGAAUGGCAAUGAUCUAUAUUAGUUUGAUAGUAUGUGCGUUUAUAUACGGUCUAUCUAUAUACUAAAGAGUAAUAAAUAUUAAUGUAUUUUACACCAAAUAUAUCUGAAGUCUAUACGAUUAUUUAAAUGCUGUCUACUAACUAUACAAACUAAUUUUUUUUUUUAUCAAACAAAUUAAUAUUAGUUAUAGAUUAUCAAAUUAUAUAAUCAAUGUACCUUGAUAUCGAGGAGUUGUUCUUGAAACUGAUAAACUUGAAAUUUGUUACAUUUUGAUCGUUAAUGUGUUAGAUUGUUGAGAACGCAUUACAAAUAAAUAAUACCUAUAUACGUUUCAGAAAAAUAAUGAAAAAAUGGGUAAAAACUUCAUACAUGGUUGCUAUUUAUUUGUUUUUACUCGAACUACGGCCACUAGAACCAUUUAUGACGGCUUAUUUAAUAGGACCAGACGCAGACUUGUCUCUUAACGAGGUAUCCACUGUGAUUGAAUACCUCAAAACAUAUUCAUCGCUAUUAAUAUCAGUGUUAAUGUUCAUGACUGCCGACUACCUUCUGUACAAGCCAAACAUUAUAUUUUUGACUAUCUGUCCAUGUGUCGCCUAUUUCCUCAUGAUUGGUUCACCCAGUCUUACGCAGCUGAGGCUGUCCGCAUGUGGUAUCGGGGCAAUAUAUAGCUGUAAUAUGAUAGCAUUCUGUUAUUUGUACGCAAAAAUUGAGGACGUAGACAAAUUUCAGAUGGCCACUGGUAUUGUUUCUGCAGCUAUACAACUUGGUAAAGUUGUUGGAGACUUCUCCGCACAAAUCAUAGUCUCCGCAACCGGAGGGAUUUAUACUCUCCUGCCAUACUGCAACGUGUUCAGUUUGCUGUUAGCUACAAUUUGGGUUUGUCUAUUUCCAUCGAUCAAACAGAAUAAUGACAAGCAAAAUUUAAAAGGGUUAUGUGAAGAUUCACCGCUUCUUAAACACCGUGUAGAGAGCAAAACGAAACAUUUUGAACAAAAUCAAAUUACAAUCGAGUAUGAUAAUGAAUUCAAACCAGUCCAAUUUUUUUCGAAAGAAAUAUGGAUCAACUUCAAAUCUUCAUAUUCCAAUCCAGUUGUACUAAAAAAAAGUUUAUGGUAUAUAAUGGGCAUGGCAGCGUAUAUUCUGGUCUUAGCUAACAUUAACGUUUUGUACUCGUACGUGAUUGAAAAACCAGGGAAUCACGAUGUCUUGUCAAAUGGACUUGCUGAAUCAAUGGUUACGUUAUGUGGAGCAGCGGGUUCGUACCUAAUUGGAAAAGUACAAUGUGAUUGGUCGCGCUAUGGUGAUAUGUUCACUGCAUUUUGCUCUGUUGCCAUGGGAGCGCUGAUAAUGUCAUGUUACUUUUAUGAUAAACUAAUCUUUAUAUAUUUGGCAUACAUAUUAUAUGGUCUAAUUUGUCAAAUGCAUUUUGUCAUAGUCUACACCGAAAUUGCAAAACAGCUAAAGAGGCAGUGUUAUUCUUUAGUUAUAGAAUUCAAUUAUUUUGGAUCUUUGGCGGUGGUCACCAUUUUAACAUUCUUUUUGAUUCAAUAUAAUUUCAUGUACAUUACUAUUCCUGGAAGAUUUUUGUUCAUUGGUGGUUUGUAUAUCAUGCUUGGUGUCGUAUUCAUGUUUAUUUGUAUACUCGAUAUUAUAAAAAAUAAAAAAUUAUACUGACUGUAAUA